AUGCGUGAACGGAAGUCCGACAAAUCUGAAAACGCCUCCCCUGCAAACAGCAGUAAUCGCCUCCCUCUGCCCCUCAGGACCGUGGAAGCCUACGAGGAUUUCACACGAAGGCUUGCUGCUGACGACGAUGUCUUCACGCGCACGGUACUGCGUCUAUUCCUAUUAACAGAGGUCAGGCGAGACAGCUGGCUUUGGUAGGGGGUCAGAGUCCGAAGGAGUAUGUCCGCAAGGUCAUGUCUAACUUACUCGGACCACCGCUGUGCACUCAAUUUACCUGGUCAAGGGCACGCACGAAGAAGCGUUUUGUUUCUUCACCCCUUUUCGCUGUCUUCCGCGGUAGGUUGCGCCCAUAUUGUCUCGAAUUCUUAGAAUCCAUUAAGCUUAAUGAUAUGUGCAGAAAUUGCAGUCGCGAUGGACUGGAGAAAAUCGCAAUGGAAUGGUUUCAUGGUAUCCGAGACAGGUACGGUGGCCGGACCAAACGGAGACAAGCUGCCAGACAUGUAGUUGUGCUUAACUUUAGUUUACCUCAUAUGUCCUCUAGGCCCCCACAGGUUCGUCAAAUACCUCCUCCUGCCCAUCUCCCACUUUGUCGGACAAUACCGUAGCCAUUCUUGUUAUAGUUUGUAACAAUUUUCAUUCCUUAGAUUCAUGCCCUUGUUACGCCCGAGAAAGACGGUGGACUGCAAAAGAAAGACUCACUCCAGCAAAAAUCUCCUACCUUGUAG